AUUUUGUCCUCGCUGACGUUGUGCGUGCCGGGUCAAAGUUGAGGGUGAGACUAGCAUACAUUAGGAAGUCCAUGGAGAGCUCAUGCACCACCCUUGUUGUUACUUCUCGACUUCCAGAAUACACAGCCUACAGGUCAGCAGCGUACGCUAUAGGAGCUACUAUAUUAUACGGAGAAGGUGGAGCAAGUGGCACAAUUAUGGCGAAGACGCCGGUCCCGGCCGCUCCGCCGAGGUACGACGCCCUACGUCUGGACCUUGGCCCUCCCGACACCGGCUAUCGCGACGGCCCCGACGAGGACAUCGCCCUCACCUCCGCCUCCUGACAGCCAUCACCACACCAAGAACGACAUAUCGUACGGCAACGGGCUCUGGGAAACACGGGAGUCGCGCGCGAGGGUCCCGAGACGCAUCUCCCACCAUCGGCAGCAGCGGCAGACAAAAAAGACGGGAGCCUAAACGCCGACGUGCUGGUCAAGCUGCGCGAGAAGUGGGUGGGGGGCCAUCUGUGUCGAGCCGUGUCUACCUCGAGGCACUCAAGCCCAUUCUGGUUUCGCUGGUGAGGUCAACAUGAACGGCCACCGGAGACAUGCCUACUCGUCAUCCUCCGCCACCAUAUUCUACGAGUCCAGUGCACGAUGC